UUCUUGCCUGCCGAGGACGCUUGCGAGCUCAGUCCCCAGCACCAGAAAUCAAUAAUAAGCACCAAGGAGAGCCCGGAAGCGGGCAGAGGGCACGGCCAGCUCCAACGUCUUCUCCAUGUUCGACCAGUCCCAGAUUCAGGAGUUUAAAGAGGCCUUCACUAUCAUGGACCAGAACCGUGAUGGCUUCAUCGACAAGGAGGACCUGAGGGACACCUUCGCUGCCCUGGGUCGCAUAAAUGUCAAGAACGAGGAGCUGGAAGCCAUGUUGAAGGGCGCUCCGGGGCCCAUCAACUUCACAGUCUUCCUGACCAUGUUUGGGGAGAAGCUCAAGGGCACGGACCCGGAAGAGACCAUUCUGCACGCCUUCAAGGUGUUUGACACCGAGGGGAAGGGCUUCGUCAAGGCUGAUGUCAUUAAGGAGAAGCUUAUGACCCAGGCUGACCGGUUCAGUGAGGAGGAGGUCAAGCAGAUGUUUGCGGCUUUCCCGCCAGAUGUGUGUGGCAACCUGGACUACAGGAAUCUAUGCUACGUCAUCACGCAUGGAGAGGAGAAGGACUAGAAGGCGCGCCUCACCUGCAUUCGGCCGAGGCUGGGUGGGGUGGGGGCAGGGCUGGCCUG